AUGAUUUCUUCUUCUUCUUCUUUGACUUCAUUGACUUCUUUGACUUCUCUCUCGUGCUUCGGGAGAAGAAAGACGUCUUCUUUGUCGAGAAGAAAAGGCAUCGUCGUCCAACAAUGUAAAAAUCGAAACGUCGUCACCAAUAAUCUCAUCAAUACCAAAGACGGAAGGGACGAGGACGACGACCGUUCGUCUUCUAAAGACAACAACGAGAAACUGAUGAUGAUGCAAGCAGCUUCCGUGGCACCUUUUUUGGUCUUUUCUCCGAAAGCGUUCGCCGCUGGCGCCUUCGACUCGGUCUCGAACGCGUUCAGUUCGCCAGAGUUUCACGAGUUGUCCAUGUAUACGCUGAAAACGUUAAUCUCGUGGGGGGUCCCAGCCGUCACGGUAGGUAUCGUCGCUUUGAUGAUUAUUUCCGGCGCUCGAAGAGGGAAGUCUUCCUCCGGUGGAAAUGAUGACGGGUCGUCGUCGUCCUCGCCUUUCGGAUUUCUCAGAGGCGGGCAGAUGGGAAAGAAGCCGCGAACGCAACCGUACUUAUCCAUCAAGCGGUUGAACGAUCGAUUGGAUUCGUACGCGUUACAAUUUGAAGCCGCGACGGUUUCGAAAACGUCCGCUAAGCGGCAACAGAACAAGCAGAGGUUUGAGAAGAGAUACGCGGACGCGUUGGGUAAGUUAUCCUCGGAAGAGCGCAACGCCAUUCUCGAGGCGCAAAAAAAAUGGAAAGAAGUCGACGACAGAUUGAAGACGCGAAUGAACGCCAUCACGGCAUCCUCGCGAAAAACCGCAUUAGAACUCGGCGCGAGAAAGAAAGAAUCUUCGUCUUCGAGCUCUUCGUCUUCCAAGGAAGACGAAGCUGCGUCGUCGUCGAAAGAAGACGGCGAUAUCAUGAACAACAUCAAGAACAAAUUCGGCAUGGGCAAAGAAAACCCGUCGAAACAGGCGAAAGAGCUCGGUCGCAUCGCUUCCGAGAGAAUGUUGAACGAAGAUAAGUAUUUAACCGCGGUUGCUGCAGCGGUACCGAAAUCGAAAUUAAAAUCGCUCGAGGACGUAUUGAAAGAUCCUAAUCAAACGUUUGGUUGGCAAGCGAACAGCGACGUCCUUCUGUUGAAUAACGUUGACGAGGUAUCGGGACCGAAGGAUAAACUUUCGAAGAAACACGUCUUCGUGCUCGACUUUUUCGGCGACGUACAAGCGAGUCAAGCCGCGCAGUUGAGAGAGGAAGUUACCGGUUUGUUGAGAUCUGCUAAGAAGGAACGAGGGGACGAAGUUAUUUUGAGGUUAAACACUGGAGGUGGUACUGUUACUGGGUACGGUUUAGCCGCCGCGCAGUUAACUAGAAUUAAAGCCGCCGGUUUACCGCUCACGAUAUGCGUCGAACAGGUUGCCGCAUCGGGCGGUUAUAUGAUGGCUUGUGUUGCUGAUAAAAUCGUCGCCUCGCCAUUUGCUGUCUUGGGUAGUAUUGGCGUAAUCAGCGACGUCCCGAAUGUCUACGAACGCUUGAAGAACGAAGGUAUAGAGUUCGCAACUAUUACGGCAGGCAAAUAUAAGCGAACAAUCACGCCAACGAAGAAAAUCACCAAAGAAGAUUUGAUCAAGACGACAAAAGAUAUCGAGGACGUUUUAACGUUGUUUAAAGGCUUCGUUUCUACCAAUCGACCGUCGCUGAACAUCGACGAAGUUGCCACCGGGGAAACUUGGUUUGGCCCAGACGCCAUGAAGAGAGGUUUGUGCGACGAACUCAAAACUUCCGACGACGUCCUUUUGGACUUGGUCUCGACGUGUGAGAUCUUCUCCGUUAAAUUAACGACGCCAUCGAGAAGUCCGUUGGCAUUUGCCGGCGUCGGUGCUUCAAACGCGUUUUCCUCGUGGGGUUUACUCGCCACCUUAGCUUCCGCUGCGGCAAAAUACGCCCAAGCCAACGGCGGCGCCAACUUUUUACCGCCAAACGCAAACGCCUCCAACGGUGGUAUGGGCGGUUUCCAAGCCAUCGACCGCGAAGUCGAUACCUUUAUGAUGCUCGAUCAAUCCUACGGUAACAACAUGAACGCGAGUGGUAUGAUGGAUUUCGACUUUGACGACGGCAUUUUGGAAGAGGAUGAUGUAGAUACUUUUGAGUUGUAA